UCAGCGGCGAAAAGUACCGAUACGUGUGAACGAAGCUUCCUCGUUCCAAGUGCUUGUGGAUAUCGAAAUACACCAUCUUGCUCUCUCUCUUUAUUUUUUAUGAGCUUACGGACGUAAAUCGAAAUCUGUAUAAUUCUCGGAAGAUCUGUUUUCGCGCAAAAUACGGCCUGGUGGGAAAGAAAUUGCCUUUCCACGUCAUGUGGUGGAGGCCUAAGUUUCAAAAUGUCGAGUAUUUUGGGCAAAAUAUCUAAAUUCACACUCAAGUUACCGUCUGCCUUGGCAAAAGCAGGACGUACUAUGUCGGAAUGCCCACUGCUGUUCUUCACUUCGAUGCCACAAUGUUCCACAGUUGCUUCAUCAUCAAAAUAUCGACAGGAACUAUCGUUUUCAUUGUGUGAUGAAGGUUCUUGCACAAAGAAUAAAACAGAUGAACAAAUUCCUCUGCAAGUUAAAUUGCCUCAAGAUUCUGAAAAACAAGAUACUGUAUUAGAAAAUAAAGAAGCCUUUGAAAAAGCUGAUGAGGAAAAGAGUGAAAAACCAGACAAUAUGGAAGUCACUUGCAGUGUCUCAGUAGAUGGUCAAGAGAAACAAGAAUUUUCUUUUACAUUAUAUGACUUUGAUACAUGUGACAAAGCAAACAAGCAGGAUGUUGAAAAAGUUGUUGUGCGAUCCAUUUGCGAAGCUUUGGGAAAAACACUGAAAAUCCCUCCAUCUGGAAGCCGUACCAUUAAAGUAAAGUUAGCCAUUUCUCCAGACAGCAGUAAAGACAUUGACACAAAAGAGCCACAAGUUGAUGUUGAGUGGCCAGUAGAAACUAAUAAAUUACCUUCACCGUCCAAACUUAAUGACUGUUGCAGUGCUCAAAGUGCCAAUACGACAUCCACUUACCUGCCAUCAUCUCAUUCAGAGAAACCGCCCAAGUAUUCAAGUCCAUCUGCAACACGUUCACCCCAAGUUGUUCGAAUGUCAGCAUCUGAUGUGAGAGCAAUGCCAUCUCCCAAGUUGCGUCCAGCUCGCCAAAACCGUCCCCACAAAAAUGACUUAAAAAGUCAUCUCAGAGAAAAGUUGACAAUGCACAUGAAUGCCAGCGAUAAUCGGCAUCUACUAGACGAGACAAUUCAGAACUUUACUGAAGACCAUCAUCACAAACAUCCAACGAGUAGGGACCAUUUACCAGAGAGCCGUGAUCGCCGAAAUCAUUAUUUGGACUUGGCUGGGAUGGAAAGCCCCAAGCACAAUGAUACUUCAAAUCCAAAGCACAAUGCUGAACAACUACACAGCCCUCGUAUGGACCCUAAAUACAUUUGUCCAUAUCGGCUUGUAGACAGAACGCACAUAUGUUCAAAAUCUCAUAAAACACGCGAGAGCCAUGGCUCUUCUCCAUUGAAGAAACCCUCUGUUCCAUGUCAUCCUAAAGUGAACAUUGAUGUGGAAAGAAGCCCUCGUUUAUAUAGGAAUAAAAUUAAUCCUGAUCCACAGGAUGAUUUGCUAAACUUAAACUUUGAUUUAUGUGAUAUUGUGCCAGAUGCUAAAUUUGAUUGGGAGAAGCCUCAUCAUCGCCGUUCUAAAUCUUAUGACUUGUAUGAAAAUGACUUAACCAAUCCUGGUGGAUUUUACUCACCAAAACUUAAACCAAGAAAUAACCAGAAUUGGACUUCUAUUUUAGAAAAUCAAAAACUGUCAAAUCAUCUUCCAUCAUCACCUGGGCAUCAUUAUCGGCAUCGACAUCGUGAUCGUGAACGUCAACGAGCAAUGCAGCAGGUUGCCAGCUGGAUUGCUCGAGAACAUUCUAAUUCCAAAUCAGAAGCAACUAAGCACUUUCUGUGUAACAGUGUUUCUCCUAAUUCAGCUCACGGACCUCUAGUAGAAAGACAUGAGCAUCAUCACCUUCAUGAACAUGUGCAUCACCAUUAUCAUCAUUUUGUUGAAUUCUAAUCAUGGGAUUACAAUUUGCCAUCUAAAUCUAUGUGCCAUGCCAGUCAAAUGAUGAGAACUCAGCACAGAAUGCAAUGAGUGCUGAGUAGUACUUACAGAUGUGGACAAAAAAUAAGGAAUAUACUGUGCUCACUUACUACCUGUGAAUCAUAUUUCAAUUUUACUGAAUGUUUUGAGCACCAAUUAAAACUGAAAUAGAGUGGAAGCACACAGCUUGAAAUAAGAAUUAUUAGUCUUAUAUUUAAAUAUUUCAUGACAUAUAAUAUUAAUAUCUACUUAAAAUGAAUAUUAAAAAAGAGGCGGUAGCAGUAAAUAAUCAAAAUUUUAAAAACUUAAAAAAUACUUAUGAAUAAUCAGCAGAAUAUAGGUUUAAGAUACAUUACUAUACUUUAAAAUAUUUCACUUAAUAUUACUAUCAAACAGCUACACAUUAGUAUAUAGCCACAGAAUAGGAAUAUUAAAAGACUGUUAAAGCAUUAUCAUAAAAGCAUUAUCAUAGCCUUGCUGCCUUUGAUUUCAGUUUUGUUGUAGUAUCAGUAAGCUUUUAGCUUAUUCUCCACAUAGAUACUUGUUUAUACAUAAUAAAUACAGGGUAGAGUGGCAUUAUAAUUGUAUUAAAAUACUUCUGUUUAACUGUAAUAUAUUUCAUUCUUAAAUCUGUUACUUGCUCAUUCUGGUCAAUAACAGAAUGAUAAAUGUCAGAUAAUUGACGGUAAAAUAUAUUCAAAGCACAUUAUAUAUAUAUCUAUAAAUUGUACAGAUUAAAUUAGAUUAUUAAAUUAGAUAAAUUGUACAGAUUAAAUAAGAUCACGACAGUCAUGUCCUAGUUGAAGAAAUCAGAAGACUUAUACAAGUAUUACUUUUAAAAAAUAUGUUUUAUUAAUCUUUCUCAGUGUAAAAUUCUAAAGAAACUGAGACUUCUACUCCUGUUGCUGCUUUCCAUAAUGAAUUGCAUGUGUUAAAGUCUAGGAUCAAAAGUGCAACCACUCUAUUUCUUUGGAAUGAUUUUUUUUGCAUUUACAUAGUGUAUAUAUAUGUCUAUGUUAGAGAGUUGUACAGAUAGAUAUAUAAUUAGAGCUAUUUUAAUAUAAUGUUUCAAUUUCUACUGAGAAUUUUUAAGUUUCUACUCCAAUUCAUAAUGACAUCCAUAAAUUUAUUGCAUUACAGUGUUAACCAAAAAAGUGAAGACCAUAACAUUAAAAUAGUUAACUGUUUAGAAUAUCAAAAUAAUGGACCACAGGUGGCUAUUUUUGAAAGCUAGUACUCUUUAAAUUUUUUAUUUCGGUAUUUUCUUUCCUUAUUAAUAUUUGUGUGUAUACAUUUGUUUUUUAAUACAAAUAGUUUUUAAUGUCUUGGUCUUCCAUCUGAGACAGUAAAUCCUGAUAUAAAAUAUGGCAUCAAAUAAAAAAAUUAAUGUACGUAUAAAAUUAUUUUAUUAUUCAAAAAAGUUUUAAUCAAAUAUAAUAUUCCAGAAUAAUUCGCAUUAUUUGUUCUGAUGCUCAUUUUGAUGUUAAUUUCUUAAAAAAAGUAAAAUGCAAUCAUUUCAUAUGACAUUCUGUUUUCUUACUGUAUUAUUUAAAUUCCAAAAUGACAUAGAUUUCAGAAUAUGCACACAUUUCUAAUUUUUUGAAAAUUUCAAUGUUGUAUUUUAUAUCAAUUUUGUGAAAAUGUUCAUAGAAAUAUCAUUUUCCAGGUACUUAAGUGUCAGUUUUGAAUUAAAUGUCCUAAAAUAAAUAUUUUUAUGAUGUUCAUGAUUGUUUUAUAUGGAUAAAUUCACAAUAUGUGAUUUACAGAUAGCUAAUAACAAGUUAAAAAAUAGCUGAAAUGAGAGUACAGCAACACAAACAUACAUUGCUGACAUAUUUUCACAGUUAGGUAAUCUUCAGUUGUUUCAAAAUAUGGAACAAAAUCUGAAAUCUUUUUAUUAUUGUGUGCUGUUAAGAUACAAGAUACCAGCUUAAAGUUGAAAUUCUGUGUUAAAACUACCUUUUUCUGAUAAUGAUUGAAAACACAUUUAAAACUUAACAUUUUUCAUACUUUAAGCUUCUUGAAUUAUACUCUGAGUAUCAUAAUUAGCUUCUACAAUACAUAUGUAUAGUUCUGUACUAUUAUAAAAUGCCAAACUGAACUGUAAAAGACAAUCAGAUGAUUUAUCAUCCCAUCUUAUUUUCUAAUUAUGGAGAUUACAAAUUCAAACUGAGAGUUUAAAAUAAACCAUUUUAUUAAUACUAAACCUGAUGGUUACACAAAGUUAGGCAUAUAACAAAAACAGAUUCCGCAGGUUACAGGUAAGGUAGAACAAAUGUUCAACUAAGAAUAAAUGUGAAAUAUAAUUUAACACAUGCCUAAAUAAGCCUUGGCUCAGGGCCUAAGUAUGCACUAAGCAAACACAGCUUGUCGAAGCUAAAGUUGAUAAAUCAUUUCAAG